UCAAAUCACAUCAAAUCAAAUCAACAGUUUGCACCUAAUCUGAGCUUGAUUUUAGUAAGUACUCCACCGGCUGCAGCUUACUUAACUAACUCCUCACUCACUCAACGCCAAUCGCACCGCUAAUCUCGCCCCAUUCCUCUCCUCCCUUUCAAGUCCCUACCUUUUCCUCCUAAAAAGUUUAAGUGUCCGAACACCCAAUCCCUCGCUAAUAAUCCCAUUCUUCUCACCAUGUCCUUCCUUUUCCUUUUCCUCUUCCUGCUUUCCUUCCCUUUCCUCCUCCCUCCUGCCUUCCCUCUCCCCUACCCUUACAACACUAGCUACCACAUUGACUGCGGCUACCUCACUCCUUCUACUGACUCCUAUAACGUCUCCUGGUCGCCGGAUCAAUUCUUCACUGGCGGCUCCUCCGCCGUGGUCUCGGAGCCGCUCCACUUCCAUCUCCAACAGGAAAAGACUCUCCGGUACUUCCCGCUCUCCUCUGGCAAAAAGAAUUGCUACAACGUCCCUCUCCCUGCUGGCCGUUACUACAUCCGCACUUUCACCGUUUACGACAACUAUGAUGGUAAAUCGCAUUCCCCUUCCUUUGACGCUUCCGUCGAGGGCACUCUCGUCUUUUCCUGGCGCUCUCCUUGGCCCGAAAAUCUCGCUCGCGAUGGCGCUUACUCCGAUCUCUUCGCUUUCGUCAAAGACGGUCAACUCGAUUUCUGUUUUUACAGCAUUGCCACCGACCCUCCUGUCAUCGGCUCUCUCGAAGUCGUCCAGAUCGAUCCUUUGUCCUACAACUCCGCCGGAACCGGCGACAGCUACAUUCUAGUCAACUACGGGAGACUCUCUCCCGGGUCAUCACAAUGGGGACCCGGUUUCACCACCGACCAGGACCUCUUCGGCCGCUCCUGGCAAUCCGAUUCUGGUUACCGAACCGCGAAAUCCAAAUCCGCUAGAGUUAUGACUACUAACGAAAAAAUAACGGGUACCGAGCAAGCACCGAAUUACUUCCCGAUGAAAUUGUACCAAUCGGCGGUGACAAUUGACGGCGGUUUGGAAUACGAAUUAGCAGUGGAUGCGAAGCUUGAUUACAUGGUGUGGUUUCAUUUUGCGGAGUUUGAUUCGACGGUUAAAAAGGCAGGGGAGAGGGUGUUCGAUGUGCUGGUGAACGAGAAGAAUGUUAGUAGAGUGGAUAUAUUCAAGCAAGUGGGGAGCUUCGCAGCCUAUAGUUUAAAUUAUACAGAGAAGAAUUUGAGCAGUUCUGUGUUGAAUGUGAAGUUGUUGCCUGUGGUAGGGGCUCCUUUGAUCUGUGGACUUGAAAAUUACGCCAUGGUUCCAGCUGAUUUGUCCACGGUUCCUGAGCAAGUGAUUGCAAUGAGAGCAUUGAAAGAUUCGCUCCGUGUUCCUGACCGGAUGGGAUGGAAUGGUGACCCUUGUGCUCCUACUGAUUGGGAUGCUUGGGAAGGAGUUACAUGCCAUGCUAACAAGAAUGGAACAGGCCUUGUUAUAACUCAAAUAGAUCUUGGAAGUCAAGGCUUGAAGGGGUAUAUCGGUGACAAGAUUAGUCUUUUGUCAAACUUGGUAAACCUGAACUUAAGUGCUAAUUCUUUGGAGGGCACUCUACCAAUUGGGCUUGGUCAAAUAUCCCUUGCUCGACUGGAUUUGUCAAACAACCAAUUCUCAGGUUCCAUACCAGAAAGUUUAACAUCUUCAAGUCUGCAGCUUGUGAGACUUGAUAAUAACUUAUUGGAAGGGCGAGUACCAGAAGAACUUUAUUCUGUUGGUGUGCAUGGCGGAACCAUUUAUCUCUCUGGUAACAAAGGCUUGUGUGGAGUACCUCCUUUACCGGAUUGUCCUCUGUUUUGGGAGAAUGGCCACUUAUCCAAUGGUGCUAAAAUUGCAAUAGGCAUAUCAUGCUUUGUUUUUGUUUUGGUGCUGCUAUUGGUGAUCUACAUAUUCUGUAUCAGGCGGGGUAAAAAUGAUUAUGAUUUUGGUCUACCUUCAGACUUAAUGUUUGCUGCAAAGAGGAACAGGUAUCAAAGACAGAAGUCCUUGAUGCUUCUUGAAAUGGAGAGUCAGCACGCCAAGGGAUUGCCAUCACUUCCUCUCAAUCCUCAUUAGUGGCCUUCUUGAAAGGGAGAGUACUGAUUUUGAUAUAUGGUUGUCCACUCAGCAAGAGGGCAUAGAGGGGACCAUGGAUGCAAUUAUAGAGAAUACCAUAGAAGAUGUGAAUUGCUGUACUUCAUAAAAAGAGUUUGUGAAUUUGGCCAAUUUGAACCAAAUGGGUCGUCGUAGAAAGUCGCAUUCUCAGGUAAAAUCCAAUGUCUCUCGUUCUAUGUUUUCUCACUGAUUAACAAAGGGAUAAGGUCACUGAUGUAUCAUAACCCAAUUUGUGACAUUUGGUGAGCAUAGAUCAUAAAUCCACAAUUCAGUUAUGUAAAUGACACCGCUAAUGUGUACCAAGAGGUCCCAGGUUUGUUACCAUUGCUAGAUCAAGUUUUAGCUGAUUCUUAUCACAAUACUAUACAAUACGGCGACUCUUUAAUAUGAUUUUCUAUCUUCUUAUAGUAAGCUUUGCCUGUUCUUUGUUAUUAAAUUAGUUGAUUCAGUAACUCUCUGUAGCUUGCGAUUCGUGCAUAAACUUAUGUUGUGUCUAUUGAAUUAGUAGCUAUUCAAUUAUUUGCG